UCUUGAGCCUUGCUAUAAAAUCCCCAAAUUCGCUCAACUUCACUUCUGACGCUUUUAGGGUUUUUGGCCGUCUCAUCCAUCCUCGUUUUCGCAGCCAUGGCGACACAACCGGCAGUGGAAUCUGUUCAAUGCUUCGGCCGCAAGAAGACGGCCGUCGCCGUCACCUACUGCAAACGCGGAUCCGGUCUGAUAAAGAUCAACGGUUGUCCGAUCGAGCUGAUUCAGCCAGAGAUCCUCCGGUUCAAGGCGUUCGAGCCCAUACUCCUCCUCGGACGACACCGUUUCGCCGGAGUCGAUAUGAGGAUCCGCGUCAAGGGCGGUGGUCACACCUCUCAGAUAUACGCGAUCCGUCAGAGCAUAGCGAAGGCCCUCGUGGCGUUCUACCAGAAGUACGUCGACGAGCAGUCGAAGAAGGAGGUGAAGGACAUCCUGGUGAGGUACGAUAGGACAUUGCUUGUGGCUGAUCCGAGGAGAUGCGAGCCGAAGAAGUUCGGCGGACGCGGUGCUCGUGCUCGUUUCCAGAAGAGUUACCGUUGAGAUCUUACUGUUGGAGUGAACGCAAUGUGUUUUUUUGGAUUACCAUCCGCUUUCGAGCUUUGAAUCUUUGAGAAUCAUUGACAUUGAUGAUGCUCUACAUUUGAAGAACCGAUGCAUGAUGAUUCUUUUGUUGGUACCGAUUUGAAUGGAUUCAAAGUAUGUUGGUCUGUGUUACGAUUGGGAUUCUUAUAAAUCAAGUUCAUCA